AUGAGCCUGGGCACCCUGAGGGACCAGCUGCUGUAUCCCAACCAACAGGUCAGCAUUGAAGAUGACGCCCUUCGCGACAUCCUGGUGCGCGUGGGCCUACAGAGCGUACUGAAACGCACGGGCGGAAACCUCGACUGGACGGAUCGCUGGGACGAGCAGCUGAGCAUCGGUGAACAGCAGCGGCUCAGCGUCGCGAGGGUCCUUGUGCAGAAGCCCAAAUACGUGUUGGCAGACGAGGUGACGUCCGCGAAUGACCCGGCCCACGAGGAGAUCGUUUACCAGUGCAUCGUUUCGACCUGCCAGGCUUUCGUUUCGGUGGGCCAUCGUAAAAGCCUCGAG